AUGCCUUAUUCUACUGAGGCAUCGACUAUAACAAUUGCUGGGAUACCGGGUGUUCAAGGGUAUCGAGACAGUCUUGCGAAGGAGGCAAUUUUUGGAUCUCCAGUCGACGUUGUGCUGGACCCUAAAGAUGGCAGCGUGUAUAUCGCUGACUGGAUGAAUAACUGUAUUCGAUGCCUUCAUAGCGGCCGCGUUUCUACAGUCGCUGGAACUGGUCAAAAAGGACACAUCGACGGGCCCGCCGCCGAAGCACAAUUCAACACACCUUGCAGCUUAGCCUUUGACAACUUUGGGGGUCUGAUUAUUUUGGAGUGUCACGGACACCGCCUUCGGCGUCUGUAUCGGGGACACGUCUCCACGAUAGCGGGAUCUGGAAUAAAAGGAUACCUGGAUGGUCCCGCUCUUUAUGCGAGGUUUCGAUUUCCACGUGGCAUCGCGUUCGAUUCGCUGUCCGGGGACAUCGUUAUCAGCGACUCCGGCAACAACCGCAUUCGAAAGCUCCUUCCCACGGGGGAAGUAAUCACUAUAGCCGGGUGUUCGAAUUUGAACGGGUCGUGUUCAACUUGCCGCAACUAUGUCUCUCACGCGGCCACGUUCAGCUCUCCCCGCGGCAUCGCCGUCACCAUUGGCAGCGGUAAUAUCAUCGUGGCCGACUAUGGAAACAACAUGGUUCGCUGUAUCUCUCAAAAUUUCGUGUCCACGCUUGUCAGCCCUAACGAUAAUUGUUACAAGCCCUAUGCCGUCUCCGUCGACCAAAAACUGGGUUUCGUCUACUUCUCCGAACUAGGAAGCAACCGAAUACGCCGCAUCUCUCUCUAUGCCUCGACUAAAACCAUAUGCAAAAACAAUGUGCACAACUUCGUCGACUACGGUACAACCACCCCCAUUGGCAUCGACGUCGACUCUGAUACCGCCGACGUCAUCUUCGCAGAUCUGCGAAACUACCGCAUCUGUCGCAUUUUGUACUAUUUUCAGCCUCGCCCCAUCUCGUUCAAAAACCUCCUCGAGGAUUCAGUCCGUUCGUUCAUAGGUAAAUGCAAACACCUUUCUAUAGUCGACUCGGAAAAGGGCUUGAAUUACCGCGUCCCGCAAGCCAUACUCUCCGUCAGGUGUCGACCUCUACUCGACGACCCAACUCUGCUAGAAAAACUUUCCCAAGUCCCCCCUAACUCGCUAUCUGCGUUCGUCGUCUACUUGCUCUCAGACAACUAUCCAAACCCGUGGCCUAUUCAUUGCCUCAAUCAGAAAAACCUCGACCAGUGCUUUGAAAACUUCCGCCUAUGGGCAGGUCUUUGGACUUGCGCCGUUUGGACUCAAAUGAAUGAAUUGGCAACCUUCUGUUCGACCGUCACCAUCAACCAACUCAGAGCCAUCGAACACCCAGAUACGCUCAUCCAGUGCGUUUUGUACGCGUCCAAAUUUAACCUAUCCACUAUCAUCAAUAAAUGCAUUCUCAAUAUUUCAAGAAAACCCAAACUUUUCAUUCACCGUCUUGAUUUGCUUUUAGAGCUUACGAAACAGCGCCCAAGUAUUGGCCAAAAGUUCUUUGACGCUAUCUGCACGAAGCAUUCGCCUCAAACGCCAGUUCGAUGCAUUCACCCCCCACCUAAAAAACUGAAUUCAGACAUGGCUCAACUAAUCGACUUCGACCAACGUAAGACUUCCAGCGCAACCAAAGACGAUAACCCUGGCGCCACCGAUUUUAUUAUCGAACUUCAAGGAUUCAGCGACGAACUCAUCAAGCCAGAAGACUGUGCUAGUGUCCUCGACAAUAUAGAAUACUACGGCCUGUCAACUUCGGACAUCAGCACAGACGAAUACGAGUGGCUGUGUCAUCACUAUCAUUCAAUGAAGAAAGGGAAAAAUCAGCAGCUCUCAAAAGCUAAACCAUUGUGAACGGAGUAGUAAUGUGUAUUAUGUAUUUUAAUGCAGUGGCAUCCCCUGUAUACAAAUAAACCAUCACGCAUGUG